AGUCUCACCGCCCCCAUGCUGGAAGAUUCCAAACAAGAAAGUAUUCAGCACUGGCUGGACUCUGGAUUCUUUGUCUCUGUAAAUGAAAACCUUCAGCCAGCCAUCGACCACAUCGUUCCUUUUCAUGAACAAGGAAUGGUUCAAAUGACUGUGAAAGACUACACGAGAUCUCUGCAUCAGUGUUUAGAAACUCCCACUCUCUCCAGAGGGACCAGUUUCAACUCUGGCCAUUCUGCUGCAAGUAUACCACAAAGCAUUCCUGAAUGGCUGGAAUUUUGGGAAAAAGAUCCAGUGGAGAUUCUCUUGGAUCUGGGGUUUGGUGCUGACGAGCCAGACAUCUACACACGAAUCCCAGCCAGAUUCCUGGGUUGUGACUCAGCAGCCAGAGGAAUCAACAUCCGUGUUUUCCUCGAAGCUCAAAAGCAGCGAAUGGACAUUGAGAACCCUGACUCGUACAGCUGUUUCUAACAGCUGGAAAUAUUGGAUCAUGUGGCCAGUGCUUUCUCAUCUUUGCUGAAUGAUGUCAACAUCCUGCAGAACAAAGCUAAAGAGGAAGAUGAAGGAAAAAGUGUGCAAAGAACCUCAGUGAGUGAAGCCAAAGAGCAUCGAAGAAGAAUGGGUGAACUUUUUAGGAUAAGUUCAGAGCAGAACACUAGAAGGGAUUAUAGCCUGGGAACAUCACAGUCAUUGAAGAUGAGAAACAAAUUUUCCAUCCUCUCUGCAGAAGCAGGGUGUGGAGCAGUUGCCAUGACAAACAAACACGACCAAAGUCAUUUGUCUCUUUCAGCAGAGCACUGGUCUCUUCAGGCCAGUGAUGACUUGACAGCUUGUGAUCCUCCCCAAGCUCUUCUGAGCAAGCAGUGUCCUCACUCAUCCAUGCUGGCCAAGCAGGCUCCUCCUUCCUAUGUGUCUGAGGGGUUAGUCAAGGACAGAACUCAAAAGGAGAACUCACUUCAGACUAACAAACUCAAGAGCUUGUCUUGUCUUGCAGGCAAAGCACCAGACUCCUUCGAAAUGGAAGAGGUCCAGAGCUUUGAAGAAGAGGCUGGUAAUCCUCUCGACAUGACCUCAGGAACUGUAGGAAACCAGAGACUCAAUUUUACUCCUUGUAACAGGAAACCAGUGACUCAAUUUUACACUGAUUGCCCUCUGGGUCUUAUGGUGAUGCACAUCACAGAAGUGAAGGAUGGGUUCCUGAGGCCUGAGCGAGCUGGGGCAGUAUAUGUACAAAGCCACCACUGUGAGUCUCAGCUCCUGUGCACAGUCCCUGAGAUGGAAACAAUGAGGACGGUAUGCCAGAGUUUCCGGAAGCAUUUAGAAGAAAUUGAGCAGCACCUUAGAAAACAACAGGCACUCUUUUCCAGGGACAUGUCAGAGGAGAAAAGACUUGAGCUUCUCACAGGGAAACCACCUGAACACUUGCAUCAGUAUAAGUGGACCGAAGAAAAAAAUGGCCAGACUUCACGUGCUAAGAUCCACCCCUCCAUGGCCCCUGGAGCUGCCUUUCCUCCCAGUGAUGGCCAGCGGGCUCCAUGCUGCAGUGUGACCCAUUUAGCUGCCUUUCCUCCAUCCACCUUCGGGAGAAGCACCAGGAUGUCUCCUCCAGCUUGGGCAGAAUCAGAUCCAGCCUCUCUGUCAAACUGUCCUGUUGGAGAAGAGGAUACAGAUGUCUUCCUCUAG